UGAGCUGAGCCUGCUGCUGUGUGAACUCUGAAGGAACCAUGAUUAUAACUCUCCCUCUUUCUCCCUCAGACCUCCACCCCCUUCCGGGCUCCGCGCAGCACUGAGCGCAGCCCGGGCAGAGCGCUGCUGGAGGGAGGACGCACGGACCGAGCUUCAUCCAACAAUGGAAGAAACCUUGACCCACUGAUCCCAGCUUCUGUGGAGGUUUCACUUCGCUCCAUCGUUAACUUCUGCCGUGUUCUGGACUAAGUGAGAUCAAUCAUGGCGCAGGGUUCCAGUGAGCGUCUCUCCGUGGCGCGCAGGACACGCGCGGGGCUGUUGGCACUGCUGCUGUGCGCGCAGGCCGGGUUUGGGUUCUCCGUCGCCGGGCAGCAGGACAGCACCUGCGAGGCCAACGGCAGCAUCUACUACGUCGGAGAGUGGUACUUUCUGGACUCGGACCACUGCACCCAGUGCGAGUGCACCGCCGAGGGGUCAGCGUGCGCCCGCACCGAGUGCACCUCUCUGCCGGCCGCGUGCAUCCAUGUCAGCCACUACCCCACCGACUGCUGCCCCAGGUGCGAGAAGAUCGGCUGCGAGUACCGAGCAGUGGUGUACGAGCUGGGACAGAACUUCCAGCCAUCAGAAUGUGAGCAGUGCACUUGUGACAGUGAUGGCAUCGCCCGCUGUCUGGUUGCAGACUGUGCCCCUCCACCGUGCGUCAACCCCGUCUACGAGCCUGGAAAAUGCUGCCCUGAAUGCAAGGAUGGUCCCAACUGCUACACUGACGCCUCCCGCGGUCAGGUGAUUCCUGCAGGAGAGCCCGUGUGGGUCGACUCUUGCACCAAGUGUCGCUGUCAUGACGGCCAGGACGCCGGCUACUGGGAGGGAAACCGUCUCGCCACCUGUUCCCGCCUCAAAAACUGCACACCUGAACAACCGUCCGCCCAGCACAACUGAUCCGGGCCUGUCGGCAGAGAGUCAGCUGUCUUCUUAAAAUACACAUUCCUCGAGGGCCGAUCAGCUGCAAACCUGCCGUGUCUAAGACGAUGCUGAACCCUUCUCCGCAGCUAAAACAAAAUGUCAUCUGAAAUGUCAGACUUAACGGAUCAUCGGCAGCCACAGAAAUCUUUGGGAACAGCAACCAAAGACUUUAAGCUCAGCUGCCGUGUCAAGGAUAAUCCAUCCAACAUUUUUAUAUCACUGACGAGAACCCAUGAAUUUGUCACUUUGGUGGACAAGAGUGGAUCCUUGUGUUUCUUUAUCCUUUCUGCACAAACAGGACUGCAAUUCGAGGCCGGAGGUUCAGAAUUAUCAUCUGAAGUUGUGACCCUGUUGUGUUGCUGUUAUUCUGUGCAUUUUAAUUAGUUACCAAAAAUGAACUGGCCCACCGAAACCUCGGGGCAACCACAGGCGUACUGGUUCCAUCAAUAUGGGCCCACCGGCAAGUUGUUUCACCUCUUGGCCUCUGACAGCCUCAUGCUGCCACGGCACAGUUAUGUAAAGACGGACAGAUUUGAUUUCAUAUUGCUAAACUAGACACCAGACGCAGGAAAACAGGAAUAAAUGUCUUCAUUCAAAUACUAGAAAACCUUCGCCAAGGCCCAACAACACUCCCCUUAAACUGCCAGUUUUUUUAAUCAAGAUCCUUGAAUUAUUCCCUGGGAAAUCAGUGACAAAAAGCCAUAUCUCACUAUGUUAAAUAAAAUAACAUAAUAAAAUCCCGGUUCUGCCCCCACAUCCAGAUCCGCACCGAAGGUUGGCGGGUACCACUUGACUUACACCACAUUCCACCAAGUUUUGUGUUAUUCCGUUUAGUAUUUUUUUGUGUAAUCUUGCUUACAAACAAACUAACCCACCAACUAAUUAACAGGGGUGACAACAUGGGACAGUGUUGUAAAAAUAAUGCAAGAAUAAGGGAUCUCAAACACCAGCAACUCUUGUGCAACAUUUGGAGCUUCUACCGAAAAUUUUAAAAGUUUAAAGAUUUAAAUAAAUCUGAUAAGAUCUACAAAUAAAACUGACUCCAGUUUUCUGCCUUUAGACUUCAAAAAGAUUGACUCCAGUGGAUCAAUAUGUUUUUAUAAUUUUUAAGGCAAACCUUAAAAACCCAGAUGAUGUUUGUUUUGUAUAUUCCCAGCCGUACUGUGGUAAACUACAGCCAUAUAACAAAUGCCAUGAGAUUACUUGAAUAGGAUUUGUAAUUGACCUGUCACGACUUGAUGCAGCACCAAAAACGUAUGCACAGCUGUGAUGCAAUUUAGACGAGUGAAUGGCUCAGUGAGGCAAUAAACAAUUUGAACUGUU